UUAGUCAAUUUCAUCCAAUUAUCAUCAAAGCAAAAAUCCAAUCCAAACACACAUUGAAAAUAGAAAAAAAUAAAAAAUUGUGCAGACUUGUUUUUCAAUCAGAACCUAAUGUAACCCCUGUUGAUGCCAUGAACUGAAGAUCUGAUUAAAUGGCAUGUACCAAUUCCAAAUAUGAAUGAACACAACAAAUAAAUAAAUUAAUGAAUGAAUGAAUGUCUUCGUCUACGCCUUCACGUUACAAAUCAAAUGCUACUUUUGAUAUGACCAAAGCUAACGACAUUGGACUCAGCCCCAUCAACACAGCCAAUUCAUCUGAUACUAGUACCAAGAAUGAGAAGAAAAAAAAGUCUAUUUUGCCAAAGAUUUUCGGAUCAAAGAAAAAUGGGAGAGGCUCAUCAGAUGAAGAUGCACUCAAGCCAAAUGCAGAAGGAGAUGGUGUUUCUGUUUCUCUUGAUUUGGAGAAGAAAAUUGAAUCCAGAAGAAAAGCUUUCCUGGAAACAUCUCCUGUCAUGAGAAGAAGUUUCUCAGGAAGAGAGACUAGCCCUGGGAUUGAAAGCCUAAAUUUGUCCAAUUUUGAACGGCCUUUGGCUCCGGAAACUGAAAUCCAGAGUUUUAGGAUCUUUGUUGCAACGUGGAACGUGGGAGGAAAAUCACCAAGCUAUGACCUCAACCUUCAAGAUUUCUUGCUGGUGGAAGGGUCAGCAGAUAUAUAUGUCUUGGGGUUUCAGGAAAUUGUCCCUCUAAGUGCUGGCAAUGUCUUAGUGAUUGAAGACAAUGAACCUGCUGUAAAGUGGCUAGCAUUGAUAAGCCAAGCUCUGAACAGACCCAAAAAUGAGUACAGUGAUUCCUCUGAUUCAGGCUCCAAAAACCAGAACAGUUCCAAGGAAUCAAAGUCCCCAGCAAGCCUUAACUUCUUUCAGAAGCCUUCUCUUAAAGUUAUUAGUAAGAGUUUCAGGGCAGAAGGUAGCAGCCUCCUCAAGGCUUGCAAUUGCCCCAUGGAAUCUCCAUCCAGAGAGAGAAGGAGGAUAAGGAAGUACAGUGACCCCAUAAAUAAGUUAGAUUCUGAGAUUCGCGGAGGUAGCCCCGUGGAGGAGUUGCUUUCAAUUGCAGAGAUACCCUCUUCUCUAAGCCAAACCAAAUACAACCUCAUAUCAAGUAAGCAGAUGGUUGGGAUUUUUCUCACCAUAUGGUCAAAGAAGGAUUUAGUCCCUCACAUUGGCCAUCUUAGAGUAGACUCUGUGGGGAGAGGAAUCAUGGGUUGCCUAGGAAACAAGGGUUGUAUAUCAGUGAGCAUGUCAAUACAUCAAACAAGCUUUUGUUUCGUCUGUAGUCACUUGGCUUCUGGGGAGAAAGAAGGUGAUGAACUGAAGAGGAAUUCUGAUGUAGCUGAGAUCCUCAAAGGGAUACAAUUCCCUAGGAUUUGUAAAACUCCUUGCCGUAGAGCGCCAGAAAAGAUAUUUGACCAUGAUCGAAUUAUAUGGCUUGGAGAUUUGAAUUAUAGGAUGGCUUUGAGUUAUGAAGAAACAAGAGUUCUAUUGGAGGAUAAUGACUGGGACACUUUGUUGGAGAAAGAUCAGUUAAACAUAGAAAGAGAAGCAGGAAGAGUUUUCAGUGGUUUCAAAGAGGGAAGGAUCUUCUUUGCCCCCACUUACAAGUAUUCACAUAAUUCAGACUCUUAUGCUGGUGAGACUGUUAAGUCAAAGAAGAAACGCAGAACACCCGCAUGGUGUGAUAGGAUACUAUGGCGUGGCAGCAACAUUGAGCAAUUAUCAUACAUACGAGGAGAAUCAAGAUUUUCUGACCACAGACCUGUUUGUUCUGUCUUCUCUGUGGGUGUGGAAGUAAGAAGCAGAAACACCAGGUUCAGGAAAGGCUAUUCCUACACAAGUUCAAGACUUGAAUAUGAAGACUUAAUCCCUCAAAGGCAUAGUUUCUAUGAUUAUUAAGUCAAACCUCAAAUCAAGCUUGUAAAUUUCCUUAGGCUCUAUAGAAGAAUUAUUUCUUUAUUUUCCUUUCUAUUUUGUUCCCCCACUCACCAGAUGUCCAUAGCUACUAGCUAGUAACUAGAGUCCGAACAAUAUAAGAGCAAAUGAUUCACGCAAGUGACUAAAGGGUGACUGCAAAGUCCAAACGUUGUUAUCUAGAGGCACUAUUGAUACAGGUAGAGAUUGAUGUAAAUAGAUUUGAACUAUUUAUUGACACCCAAAAAUGAAAUUAUGAGAAAAACCUUAUAGUAUUUGUACAA